UAUCAGACGCGAGAAGGCUUUACUACCAGGUCUCCGUCUGUUCCCGCUGGCAGCAGCUCGUCGGAGUAACGCGGAGGGCCAACGGACCUGGCUGUCGCGGCGCCUGAGUUGGCGGUUGUGCCAACAUGUGUCGAAAUCGUCGCAUGCGACGAUUCUGGCAGCGUCCGACGACAAUCCUGUGGAGGUCUCAGGGAAUUUCCAAUCCCUCCGUCGUGCGUGGCGUCCUGGUUCCGUUCGCCCGAAUUGCACGACAUGCCACGCUGCUUCAGCUGGUUUUAUUCCUCUCUAUUCUUUCGCCUGCUUGCAGCAUCGGAGAUUGUGGGGGUUGGGUUGGCGCCUUGUGAACAAGUCGUGAACUCGUGAACAAGUCGGGUUGGAGAUGGUGGGGUUCGGGAGAUUUUCAACACGCGGGCAAUAGCGCAGGUGAGUUGAAUUCAAGAAGGCGAACUGAACCGAGGCGCGUUCGGCAAUUUCGCGCUUGAUUGGCAGCACGAAAACAACACGCCCUCGCAUCGGGAUUACCAUCACCGCAUGAUUCUGAAGUGGCCAGCGAACUCCACGAUUUUAGUCGGCCAGUCGUAACGGCCAUGAAGGUUACAAUGAGGGGCAUGGAAACCCGUAAUUCUGUUAGGGUAGAAUGUAAUAGGACGUUUCAAAAUAUUUUAUAGCAACCUCGACAUAGUCAGAUGUGACUAUAAA